AUGCGCUUUGGUCCGCAGGAAAUUCAACAGCCAGGUUGCUGCUUGGUGUGCAUAAACGGAGAAGGUGCAGAGUUCGAGUUAGCCGCCAAUCUUGCAGCAACGGGGCUGCAACAACUGGGUGACGGCGCAAAACUGAAUUCUGUUCCGGUUUUUGCGAUAUGGACCCCUUAUAGAAAUGUCUACGCAUCGAUCUUGGAUCUGCGUAACAACAUCGACGAGCUGAAGAAUGACACUGCAAAGAUCGAUGCCAAGAUCGACGAGACAAAUGCCAAGACAAAUGCCAAGAUCGACGAGCUCAAGACAGAAAUUCAAACCAUGCAGCAAGCAAUCCUUGCUGCUAUCAGUAAAGGAUAG